AUGAAGGUGGACUGGCAUCAUUGGGUUUGGAACAGCUAUAAUGUGCCAAAGCAUUCAUUCAUUGCAUGGAUGCUGAUGUUAGGGAAGCUGAAGACACGAGAAAGAUUGAAAGCUGCUGGAGUUGUGUCAGAUGAUAGAUGUGUAUUAUGUUUUGCUGAAACUGAAACAAGCAAUCAUGUAUUCUUCAAUUGCUACCGGAGCAAAAGAGUAUGUGAACACAUCAUGCUAUGGAUGGGGAUCAGAAUGGGAAAUCGGGAAACAAUUUACACUUCUUGGAAGAAGUGGGGGAGGCAAUGCAGAUCAAGAAAUAGACAGAAGGCUUACUAUGCAGUCCAGACUGCUAUGGUUUAUCAUUUAUGGAUGUACAGGAACUAUGCUUACUGGAACAAUGUUGUAAGGAACCCAGAAAUCAUUGUGAAAGAAAUUAAGCAGGAUAUUAAGCACAGAAUGCAGAGUUGUGUUACUCUGAAAUGGAAUAGGGAAGAUAGGAACUGGCUCUCUAAUAUUGUGUAG